UCUUAUUAUUAUUAUGACAGAUGACAGCAAGCAAUCUAGCAGUGUGUUUUGCCCCUUCUCUGUUCAAUGUAAUCAGUCUGAAGAGUUCUAACAGUCCAAGCUUGUUGAGAAACAAGAAACAAACAGGUGUUCCUGAUUCCAAAGAAGUGCUGGAACCUGCCCAUGAAUGUCUUGUCUUCAUGAUUGACAACUCAAAAUCCCUUUUCUCUGUACCACAAGAAACAAUCGCUAAAUGUAGGUUCUCUGUUAGUGAUAUAAACAACCCAAAGGAAAUAAAAGAUUUUGAUCUUGUAAAUGGUAAACCAAACUUGUUCAUUGAUAAACAUUAUCAAGUUUUAUUUAAGGAAUGCCGUGAAAAAUUUCGUAACUGGAAUGUGUGUCCUUCUAUCAAUGGAAUUGACAUAGCCUAUAAGAAGACAGAUGAUCUGUUACGACAAUGGAUGUGUCUCACUGAAAUGGAAGCCCCGCCUGAAGAAGUCUUGAACAGAAUUCUUACUCAAAGGAGUUUGUGGGAUGAAGACCUCCAUGAGAGCAGUGUUGUUGAGAAGCUGGACAAUCACACAGACAUAUUCCAAUACACACGAAAUAGUAUGCCGCCACAUCCAUGCCGACAUUACUGUUUGAUCAGAUCAUGGAGAACAAACCUCUCUAAGGGGGCUUGUUUACUAUUGACUUACUCAGUACGACAUCCCAAAGUCAAGAUAUCUGGUGUGGAAGGUAUCAUUUUAGAAUCUCACUAUCUCAUUGAACCUUGUGGUGCUGGGAAAUCCAGGGUGACACACAUUAUUCGGGAAGAUACAAAGGGUCGGUCAGUCAAAUGGUACAAUUUAAGUUAUGGUAAAAUCAAUGCUAAUUUCAUGGACCGAUUAAGAACGAGUUUUCAGCAAGUUGCUUCUGGCCCAGAGACAAAACUCUGAAUCUCAUCUAAUAUAUACACAUUCACAAACACAUAAACCUAUACACAAGCAGCUUAUCAGAUUGUAAAUGCAAGACAAAGGAGCAAUGACAGUUUAUAAAUGAUGUUACAUAUAUAUAUCUAUAAUUAUUUCUUAAACAUUUUGGUGAAAUAUCAAAUUUCAAAGGCAAUACAAUCUUGAGAUAAAUGAUUUUUACCAAUUUUUUUUAGAUGUGUUGAUUAUUUAACACAUAAAAUUACUUCCUUUCUUCAAGGGUAUCUGUUAAAUGUUUAAUAAUAAAAUAUUCGACAAAUUAAGAAAUAAAUGAGCUUAAUUUUUUUUCCCCCAAACCCCAAAUUUGUUUUUACAAAAUGAAUAAACGUCACCAGCACGGAAAAUGAAA